CAUCCUUGAGCUCAAUCUUCAGGAAGAAGCAGAAGGAGACCGCAAGUCUAUAUCUGCCUCUGAAAAAAGCAUGUUCUGCUUUUUCUAUUAUUAUAAUUGCUUGAUUUAAUGAGUGAGGUAUUCAGGCGUUGGCAUGGAGAUUGGACCUUCAGCUAGUACUUUAAUAGUUUUUGUUUGCGUUGAUUGUCCAGCCUAAUUGUAUUUCGAAUGAAUAUGAUAACCUGUGAUGGUGUCUCAAGUAGGAGAGGGGUGAGUGUGAGCCGUGGUGGCGAGGCGGCUUAAGCGACCGGAAGGCUUUCCUGUCCUGUGUCUGUUUGUUUGUAUGAUUGUGGGGUGUGGUGGUGCACCGGGAUAAAGAUGUUAACCUUGGAUAACAUGGGUUUGAGUAGGGGUGGUUUUCGGUCCGACUUGUACAGUAGAGAUAGUUUUGGGUUUGGCUUGGACGCGUCGUCGCUGGAGGUGGUGGAAGGCAAUGUGGCGCUGCAACUGAACGACUUCCUUCACAAUUCGUAUACGAUGCAGCAAGGGGGUGUGCAGAAUCAAUGCGGGAGUUACGACGGUUUGAUUGCGAGAAGUGGUUCAUACGCCGGGUUGGCGUCGUUGGGGUUUUCGCAGCCUGAUAUCGACCGGGGCAUUUUGUUCGACGACUUGCCUCCAGUAGUGGAUCAUGAGAACCUUCACGACUACGAGCCUGUCAGUAAUGCCCUAUUUUCUUCAACUUCGAGUGUGGAGCUCGGGUCGUCACACGUGCCCGGUCUGCCUUCUGCUUCGUUGCAAUCUCAGGUUACUACAGAGCAACGGGACGGUGGUGAAGGUUUGACAUCGCGAAAUGGAUUGAAACGCGGGCGGAGUCUCGACAAUGAGAUUGACAUGCAGCCCUGGAAGAAGUUGGAUAAGACAUCCAGGUCCAUUGGUCCGAAGGGAAAACGGAUGAAUGAGCAAGCCGAUCAUAUUCUACGAGAGCGGCAACGGAGGGACGAUAUGACCAGCAAGUUUGCGAUCCUGGAAUCCCUACUACCAAUUGGAACAAAACGCGACAGGUCUACCAUAGUCGACGAGUCAAUUGAGUACGUGAAGAAUCUGCAUCAUCGCAUCAAGGAACUCCAGGACCGGAAGAUGUUGUUGAUACAAUCCGCUGCCACUACUUCUAAGGAUAACACAGCCCCUUCCUGCCGAAAAGAGCUUAUUAUGAGUGUGCAGCCUGGAAGCCCUAGUAAACAGAACGAGAAGCAGACAGUAGUACCUAAACCCCCCAUCUCCCAAGAGGAGCUGAGCAGAAUACAUUCUUUUCUAAGAAGCUGUCUGGAGAAAGUGGAGGUUCAUGCUGACUUGCCGAACCAGGUGGUCAUCGAGAUGGUGUGCAAGCCGCAACCCCGCCUUCAAAGCAACAUCCUGCAGUGCCUGGAGUGCCUGAGCCUGGAUGUUAAGCAAUGCAGCUUCACUAAAAUUGCACAUCGUCUCAUAUGCGUCAUUACAGCGAAGCCACAAGAAGCAACGGCGCCAACGAGUGGCAUUGUUGCUGCACUGAAAUGUGCGCUUCAGGGAUCGGACUAGCUGCUCAAUGCUAGUCCAUGGUUUGCACUGGUGCUGGAGUCUCGAGAGUUAGCCGGUGGAAUUGCCAAUUUCCCUGAUGACAUGCUCACCUAUUCGUCACCGGUCCGGCUCCAUCCUCAGUUGUACACUGCAUCUUUUUGGGAAAUACCAUGACCUUCAAGGCGUCGAAACUGAAUUAGCUAGUAUCCAAGCCCAGUGUACAGUAAGUGUUUAGUCUCAAGCAGCCUUGUUUUGCAUGAGCGUCACAUUCCAUGAGUAAAUUUCCAGAUAGUCUGAUUCAGCACUCUUAUUAUCAUAAUACUUAAAACAUCAGUUGUACAUAUGAACCUUUUCUACCGAUCCAGAAUGUUGCCCCCUCUCAUUUUCUCCACUGUAUCGGGCUUGAUUUAUAGCAAUCAUUGGAGGAGUUGAGAGGCAGCGGAUUCUUUUUUGAAUCUGGUUAGAAACAACGAACACCAUCCAAACUCUCCUAUGUGAUGCAUUUGCGCACGUUUGUUGGGAGGAGUAGGAAAAUUUAUAAGUUUAUUAUAAUGCACGUCCGUUUGGUCACAUUUGUAAA